AUGGACGACGAGGUGCGUCUACGCGACGCGCCCAAGCGCAAAGACGGCACACGCGAAAGCACGCCGCUUGAUCGCGAUGUGAAGCGCGCUGGCCGAGCUGCGGCGCCGCCGACGACGACGACGACACCUACUACCGCCUCGCCGGCGCCCGAGUCUGACGUCCAGUUGUACUGCUUGUGUCGUGAGCAAUUUGAGGAUGAACGCGUGAUGAUUGCAUGCGAUCGAUGCGACGAAUGGUACCAUGCAGCAUGCGUUCAUAUCCGCGAAGACGACGUCGAUCGUAUUGACGUGUUUAUUUGCCCCAUCUGCGAGCCACACACCGACGAACGCACGUCGUACAAGGCGCCAUGCCAACGUGUCGGGUGUACGCAGCCAGCCCGCCUGCCUCUCUCCAAGUUCUGCUCGGACUCGUGUGGCCGCGCAGCCAUUCUCGCGCGAUUGCAGCAGCGCAAGGAAGGUCGUACGCCAGAAGGACGAGCGCGAUUCGCGAUGCCGACGAUAUCCCCACCCGCGCCUUGUGGCGUGACGAUCUGGUCCGAUCCUAGCGUGCUUACAGACGCUCCGCGCACGCUGGAUGCGGCGUGGAUUGAGCAUCUACGUGCAUCGCUGCAUCCACAGACCCUCGUGAUCCCGCCAGGGCAAAGUGUCGGCGCCUACGUACGCGAUCAUGCCACCGUACUGGCCACAGCUACGUACGAAGCUGCGCGUCUCACCUCGGAACUGGCGGCGCUGGAGGCUCAGCAGGCCUCCGUGCAUGCUACGUUGGAUUUGCUGGGCGUGCGCAGCAAGCUUUUGCAAGUGCUGGAAGAUCAGCAGUCGUCGCUUCCCCCGCCGAGCGACGGCUCAGGGCCUUGCUGCGGUUUCGAUGCACGGCUGUGCUGGGACGAUGAGCCCUUCGCCGCCUGGGUCGCUUCGCCAGAAGGCCGGGCUCUCGUAGCGGACGAGACUGUGGAGAGUCACCUCGAUAUGGUAUGUCUCCUCGCCAAGCGACGUUGCAAGCGCCAUGCCGACUGGUCGGCCAUUCGUGGCGCGGAGCUGGACGUCCUGCGCGAAGCGCAUACGUCGCAUCUGAGCGCCCUCGCCGAGCGGAUUCAGCACGUCCGCGUGGCGUUGCAGCGUGUCGCAGAUCAGACGUGA